AUGCCUCCCAAGCGAGAACAAAAGAAAGAUAAUGAGCCACUUACCGGUGUUAUAGUGGUGGAUUCUUAUGACCCACGAUUCGCCCCUCUUUCAGCCACUGUGGGACCUUGGUGCCUUCAACCGAUCUGCAAUGUUCCUCUUAUUGAUUUCACUUUAUCUUGGAUUAUGCGGACUGAGAUCCAGAAAGUUAUGCUCGUAGUGUCAGAGAAGAAUGCACAUUACAUGGAAAAAGUUGAAAAGCGAUGGAGAAAUUGCUUUGAGUCGCUAUCUUUGAUAAGCUGCAAAAAUUCCAUGAGUGUCGGUGACGCACUGAGAGAACUUGAUACUCGAGGAUUAUUAACGAAUGAUUUCUUAUUAAUUUCAAACCCUGCAACCUUCACUUCAUCAACUCUCAAAGCAGAGAUAGCUGCUUUUAGGCAGCGACGCAGUGAAAAUAAGAAUAAUGUAAUGACUGUAAUUUAUUCGGACCUCAAAUCUCCCAGAAAUGCUGUUAUUGGAAUCGAGAAAGGAACGAAAAAGCUGAAAAUUUACCAUAAACAAGAAGAUCCUAGUCAACUGGAGAUUGAUAAGCCUCAUUUCAUAGGAGACGCAAUAAUUCGUAGAGAUAUUGUGGACAGUGGCAUUGCUAUAUGUUCUUUGAACAUAUCAGCUCAGUUUAGCGAUAAUUUUGAUUUUCAACAUCGAGAUGAUGUUAUAAGAGAAAUUCUCGUC